GAACACCACUUGAACUUUUACGGAAACCAUGUUGAAUUAACUUACAAACCUAAAUGAAGAUGGUGUUCUCAUACAUACUAUUAUUACUGUUUGAAGUUUUCAGGAUAAUUAAGUCAGCUGAAGAUACUCCAAGUACAGGUUGUGAAACUCCACCAGCCCCUAUAAAUGGAAACUUUACUGUUUUUGGUGACAACCUCUUAGUAGAAUAUAUGUGUAAUGAUGGAUUCUAUAUGUACGGUGAACGCUAUGGCGCUUGUAUAUCUUCAGAACAGAAGUGGACUGAAGACCCACCAAAAUGUUUAGCUUAUGACUGUCCAGAUUUACAGCCUCCAUCGAGAGGCUUUGUCAAGAUGGAGAGGAAUAAUUCCAUUGCCAGAUUCUCAUGUAAGCGUCGUUUCUAUCUGAUGGGUGGUGAAUCCACUCUAUUUUGUCUUGGAAACAGAUGGAGCGGCUAUUCCCCUCUCUGUGCAGGCUCAACAGUUAAGAGUAGUUCCUUAGGCAGACAGGUUUUACGGAACUACACUGCACCAAAAGAAAAAAUGUGGAAUUUUGACGAUACACUGAGGGCAUCCGAUCAAACCUGUUCACGCUUUAGAAGUAUUGCUCCCCCUGAAGUAGAACAUGCUUCUUUCAAAACAGACUACGUGUACAAUGAGGCUCGAAGAGCGUGGUCAUCUAUCGCAAAUUAUACAUGUGAUGAUGGGUAUUCACUUGUUACUGAGAAAAAUAAAUUCAUGCUCUGCAGAAAUUACAGGUGGUUUGCGCCUACUAGACCUAAAUGCAAAAAAGAUAUAGAAGUUUACUAUCCUUGCCGUGAAAGUAGGUGUGGUCAAGUGUGUAUACCAGGAUACAACAGGCGAUACGCAUGUGGUUGUAACAGAGGAUACCGAUUGGCUUCAGAUAGCUAUUCUUGUCAAGAUGUAAACGAGUGUCUAUCGAAUAAUGGUCGAUGUGAUCAUAUCUGCUACAAUAGAAUUGGAUCCCGUUUGUGUGUCUGUCGAGAUGGCUAUCUAAAAGUUGGGGAUCGCUGUAUUGAUGAUGAUGAAUGUAAAGCUGGCAUACACAACUGUCCAGGACAAUGUAUAAAUACAGAAGGAUCAUAUCUAUGUAACUGUACAGGUAUACCCGGAUACCUGCCAGGUGAAAACAGACCGUGUAAAGAUUUGAAUGAGUGUGAAGUAGAUAAUGGAGGCUGUGAAGACGUUUGUAUUAACACCAGAUCCUCAUACAAAUGCAGAUGUAAACAGAAAGGAUACCUUGUGUCCCCUGAUCGACACAAUUGCUCAGAUAGAGAUGAAUGUCAACGAUAUGGAAAGAAAAUCUGUCAUAAUGGUCACUGUGUUAACAUUCCUGGUUCUUUUUAUUGUGAAUGUAAUAUGGGCUAUAGGUUUCACAAACCCAGCAAACAAUGCAUUGAUACAAAUGAAUGUAAAGAUAAUAAUGGAGGCUGUGAAGAUGAGUGUGUAAAUACCAUAGGGUCAUUCUACUGUGUGUGUAACCAUCCCGGACUACAGGAUAAUAAUGGAACAUGCGUUGAUAUAAACGAGUGCGAGGUAGACACUGAUGGGUGUGAGGAUAUUUGCAUUAACUCUCAUGGAUCAUACCACUGUGUUUGUGAAAAGUAUGGUUACAUUAUUCACAGCAAUGGGCGGAAUUGUACAACAUGCAAGCCAACAGAAUAUAUGAUUGACGAAAAGAAACUUUGCGUACCCUGUCACCCAAAUUCACAUGCAAAGGGUUUCAAUUCUAGUUCAUACAAUGAUUGUGAAUGUAACGAAGGAUUUGUUGGAAGCCCACUUGAUAAUGUUCUCUGUGAAGACAUAGAUGAAUGUGCUACUGGCGAAUUAGUAUGUGAAUAUGGAUGUGUUAAUACUGCCGGUAGUGCCCACUGCAUUUGUCCGGACGGAUAUUCGGUGCACAAUGUCUCAGCUUGUAUAGACACUAACGAAUGUGCAGAAAAUGGAACAAUAUGUGGUGGAUUAUGUCGAAAUUUUGAUGGUUACUACGAGUGCUUUUGUGAUGUGGGAUACAGGAUGGCUAACGAUAGUUACACAUGUGAUGACAUAGACGAAUGUUCUGAAGGCUAUAAUUGUUCACAUCGGUGCAUCAAUACUAUUGGGGGUGUCCAGUGUAGUUGUUAUGAAGGAUAUGAUUUAGUCUCUGACAAUACAAGUUGUACUGAUAUUAACGAAUGUGAAAGGGAACAAGGAAUGAAAUGUGAAGAUCAAUGUUUAAAUCUUGAAGGAUAUUUUAAAUGUGAAUGUACUAGCCCUGGUUUAAAGCUCUCAUGGGAUGGUGUAUCUUGUUCUGAUAUAAAUGAAUGUCAAGAAGGUGUCAAUUUCUGUGAUGAUGUUUGUAUUAAUACACAUGGUUCGUAUGAUUGUAAGUGUGAGAUGACAGGUUAUGGCCUUGCUGCAGAUGGGAGAGGUUGUGAAGAUUUCAAUGAAUGUUUAUCGCCACUAACAAAUGAUUGUCAGCAAAUAUGUAAUAAUUAUGAGAGUUCUUACAAUUGUUCCUGUCCACCUGGAUAUAUACAGACCAGUGAUACAAAUUGUGAAGCCUGUCCAGUUGGUUCUUACCAUGAUGUAGAAAAAGAUACAUGUAUUCGAUGUCCUAUAUGGUCAACGACAUCAGGUAAAGGAACGCCCUCAAUGGCUGGUUGUGACUGUAUAGACGGUUACGUUGGAAAUAUCAGCAUGGCGAUUCCUUGUAAAGACAAGAAUGAGUGUGAAGAAGAAGACAAUUUUGGAUGUGAGCAGCAGUGUCAGAACAUGGAAGGUUAUGCCUAUUGUAGCUGUCAACGAGGAUACAACCUACAUAAAAACAAGAAAAAUUGCACAGAUUUAGAUGAAUGUAAAUAUCAGAAUCAUUUCUGCGCGGAUCUUUGUGAGAAUUCAAUUGGAUCUUAUAGUUGUUCUUGUAGAAAGGGUUUUGAGUUGUAUACAGAUAAAAAAUAUUGUGUCGAUAUAAACGAAUGCUACGGAGAUGGCAAACCAUGUGAUGAAGAUUGUGAGAACACUUGGGGAUCAUAUAGAUGUGCAUGUCUGACUCAAGGACAUGUUCUGGCACCUGAUGGUCAUACUUGUAUAAAAAAUCGUCCAAAGUUUUCGUGCCCUGAAGAUGUUUUGGUUAAAGUUAAAGAUGGAGCUAUCGAAGUUAAAGUUGAGUUACCAUCGGAUAUCUUUUCUAAUGAUCUUUAUGUUGAUCCUGGAUGGAUAAAACGUGUGAGUCAGUUUCCUCUUGGCGAAACAGUAGUCAUGGUGACGUCACUGUAUACUAACUCUGAUGGCGAUCCUGAAAUCUUAUGCUCUUUUACUGUGACUGUCGACCACGUGUAAACACUUUUUUUUAAUCUGAUAUAUAAACUUUUACUGAAUAUUUUUAUGAAAAGGCAAGGUCCGAGGGGUUUCAAAUGUUAAACACAGUUUGUUAAAUGUUUUUUUUUAUUCAAUAUUUAAAAGUUAUCUAAUUUCAA